CUGGCGCACGGCGCUCCCGGCGCACUCGGAGCCCGGCGGGGACCCGGAGGCAGAGGCGGGCGGCCCUGGGUCCGAGUGCCGGAGCCGAGCGGGGCCCGGGGACCGAAGUUUGCCGGCGGCUCCGGGAGGUGGCGCGGGUGGCUUCCCGCCCCCUGGUCGCGUCCUCGCCGGGACCCACCGGCAGCCGGCGGACGCGAGCCGCGGCCCGGCCAACUCCGCGGUGGGGACGCUGUGCCGCGAACUUGAGGCCCGCGAGGGAUGUGAAGGCCCAAAAUGACCCUCCUACCGGGAGACAAUUCUGAUUACGACUACAGCGCUCUGAGCUGCGCCUCCGACGCCUCCUUCCCCCGGGCCUUCUUCCCCCAAAGCCAGUCACUCAAGGGCGUCUUCUACCGGCGGGCCCAGCGGCUGCGGCCGCAGGACGAGCCCCGGCAGGGCGGGCAGCCCGAGGACCGCCGGCGGCGGAUCAUUAUCAACGUGGGCGGCAUCAGGUACUCGCUGCCCUGGACCACGCUGGAGGAGUUCCCGCUGACGCGGCUGGGCCAGCUCAAGGCCUGCACCAACUUCGAUGACAUCCUCAACGUGUGCGAUGACUACGACGUCACCUGCAACGAGUUCUUCUUCGACCGCAACCCGGGGGCCUUCGGCACCAUCCUGACCUUCCUGCGGGCGGGCAAGCUGCGGCUGCUGCGGGAGAUGUGCGCCCUGUCCUUCCAGGAGGAGCUGCUCUACUGGGGCAUCGCCGAGGACCACUUGGACAGCUGCUGCAAGCGCCGCUACCUGCAGAAGAUCGAGGAGUUCGCCGAGAUGGUGGAGCGGGAGGACGAGGACGACCCGCUGGACAGCGAGGACCACGACAGUGAGGGCCCGGCCGAGGGCGAGGGUCGCCUGGGCCGCUGCAUGCGGAGGCUGCGCGACAUGGUGGAGAGGCCGCACUCUGGGCUGCCCGGCAAGGUGUUCGCCUGCCUGUCGGUGCUCUUCGUCACCGUCACCGCCGUCAACCUCUCCAUCAGCACCUUGCCCAGCCUGAGGGAGGAGGAGGAGCAGGGCCAGUGCUCCCAGAUGUGCCACAACAUCUUCAUCGUGGAGUCAGUGUGCGUGGGCUGGUUCUCCCUCGAGUUCCUCCUGCGUCUCAUCCAGGCACCCAGCAAGUUCACCUUCCUGCGGAGCCCACUAACACUGAUCGACAUGGUGGCCAUCCUGCCCUACUACAUCACCCUGCUGGUGGACGGUGCCUCCGCGGGCCGCCGCAAGCCCGGCACGGGCAACAGCUACCUGGACAAGGUGGGGCUGGUGCUGCGGGUCCUGCGGGCGCUGCGCAUCCUGUACGUCAUGCGCCUGGCCCGCCACUCCCUGGGGCUGCAGACGCUGGGGCUCACGGCCCGCCGCUGCACCCGCGAGUUUGGGCUCCUGCUACUCUUCCUCUGUGUGGCCAUCGCCCUCUUUGCCCCCCUCCUCUACGUUAUCGAGAACGAGAUGGCCGAUAGUCCCGAGUUCACCAGCAUCCCUGCCUGCUACUGGUGGGCCGUCAUCACCAUGACAACUGUGGGCUAUGGAGACAUGGUACCCAGGAGCACACCCGGCCAGGUGGUGGCGCUCAGCAGCAUCCUCAGUGGCAUCCUCCUCAUGGCCUUCCCCGUGACCUCCAUCUUCCACACCUUCUCCCGCUCAUACCUGGAGCUCAAGCAGGAGCAGGAGAGGGUGAUGUUCCGGAGGACCCAGUUCCUCAUCAAAACCAAGUCACAGCUGAGCAGCGUGUCCCACGAUAGUGACCUCCUGUUUGGAAGUGCCUCCUCGGACACCAGAGACAACAACUGAGCCAGAGGACAUACCCCACCACUGCCACCAACAGGACACCCCCAGCCCUGCCCGCCCUCUGAGGCGUAAAGCUAUCGCCAUCACUACAGAAGCCUUCAAAGUCACCUGCUGCUUCUGAGUGCAGCCCUGGCCGAGGACUGAAGGAGCCACGCCCCAGGGAGGAUGUCCCGACAUCCGCAGGGGGUCCCUGGUCCUCCAGGUCCAGAAGUGAAGGCCAUCACACAGCCCUGACGGUUCCCCCACCCGUCCCAGCCCCCAUGCCUGUUCCCUAAUAAGGAGAUGGCUUGUUCUUUCCACCAUGUAAAUAACAUGCCCAGCAAAGACUUGCUUCCUGGGGCUGCCUAGAGAAAAAAUACAAUCAGCAGCUACAAGUCUGUCUUU